AUGUCUACCUCCAACUUCUACUAUGGCGCCCCCCACCACAACAUCCACAUGAACCACUCGCAGCAGCACCACCCCGGCGGCCGCCCCCGGAGACAACCUCGCUCGCAGGCUGCCCACAACCACAAGCAGUUCCGCAACGUGAGGACUCCCAAGGAGGUUGUUGAGGCCCCCGCCAUCACCGCCUUCCGCCGGGACUUCGAGGCUGCUCGCUCUUUCGACCUCGAGGACGACGAGAUCUUCUGCCCUUUCCACCUGCUUACCGACGACGAUCUGCAAUCCAUCCACUCUUCCGGAUCGGACCGAUCGUCGCUGUCGAGCGGGUCUCCCGAAUCGUCCCCGCUGCAGCACCAGCUCCAGCCCACCCCCAGCUUCGUCCUCUCGUCCGCCUCCAGCUCCUUCACUCCCGCCAGCUUCCAGCCCUCUCAGACGAAGCUCCACCAGCCUCUGGCGCAGCGCACCCGCAAUGCGAUCCCCAUUGUUGACCCCAGCACGCGCAACGUCGCCAGCCCCCCGCCCUCUGUCUCGCCCGCGAGGCAGAUGCAGCAGCAGUUCAUGCCGCGCCGCUGGUGA